AGUGAGACUACUAAUGAAGGCUUUGCAACGGUGGAUAUGUUGGAGAAACUGUCGAGCAUAUUGCCGACUCCCGAGGAGGCUGAGAUGCUCCGGGCCUAUCAUGGCGACCUCACACUACUGCGGCCGAUCGAGCGGCGGCUCCUACCUUUAGCGCUGAUGAAACGGCCGCAGUUUCGAAUCAAGGCUAUGAUAACGUUCCUGACCUUCCCAGACCAG